UUGUUAUAAUUCCAAAAGAGAAGACAGCUCUUUUCACCCAGUGUCGUGGGAGCCACCCCUUCCUUCUCCUUCUUACUAUUUUUCCUUCAUCUCUUCCUCUUUCCUCUUUCCUCUGUUUGUGCUUCUACCCUCCCUCUCUAAUGAUCAUACCUUCUCCCUUGCCUGUGCUUGUACCAUUAUCGAGGCGUUGUUCUUCUUUGAUAGAAAUAUAUACUCAUAUAUAGUGAUCAAGAAAUUAACAAGCAGAGGGAGCACAGUUGCUGUAUACUACUGCUACUACCUCACUAUACACCAUUUCUUGCUCUGCUCUGCUCUGCUCUGUUCUGUUCUGUUCUGUUCUGGUUGGUUCUUGGCUAAUGGCGGGUCAUCAUCAGCGGCAGGUUCAGUUGGGUGGUGGCGGUGCUGACACGACUUUCACUAAGAUCUUUGUUGGCGGGCUUGCUUGGGAGACUCAGCGUGACACCAUGCGUCGCUAUUUUGAGCAGUUUGGCGAGAUCCUUGAGGCCGUUGUCAUCACUGAUAAGCACAGUGGCCGUUCCAAGGGCUAUGGCUUUGUGACGUUUAAGGACCCGGACUCGGCUAUGAGGGCUUGCCAGGACCCUACACCGGUGAUCGAUGGAAGGCGAGCUAACUGCAACCUCGCCGCACUCGGUGCUGCUUCUCACCGACCUCGGGCACCAAACCCUCAUUAUGGACGUUUCCGACCUGCAUUUGUUCCAGCUGCAACAUCCUCUCCUUAUUAUGGAUCUUCUUCAACCACCUCGUCUGCGUUUUAUCAUCAGCCUGCUCAAUAUGCAAUUCCAUAUUCUGUCUACGGGUACUCUUCUGGAGGGUAUUCACAGGAGGGUGUGUAUCCAAUGGGGUAUUACGGAGUGUACAGCAACCAGCAGCAGCAGCAGCACCACCACCACCACCACCAGCAGCAGGUCCAGCACCAUUACCAGUUCUCUCCAUACUACAGUGCUGGAUCAGGGCUUUAUCAGAACAUGUACUCUUACUACCCCCAGUACACUCAGACUGGCCAGGUUCAGUCUGGUUUCACUCUGCAUUAUCCUCAAGUGCUGCAAUACCCGUAUGGUCAGCAGCAUUAUGCCUCUGGCGCACUCCCUUUACCUGUGUCCAUUGCCACAGCCACUGCUGGAGUUAACCCUGUGGCAAUCGUGGGGCCGAGCUCUUCCCAGCAGCCACCCGGAGCCACUGCUGCCGAACCGAAAUCAUCAGCUUAAGCUAGAAACAAUAUUAUUUACAUUUAGUUCUUUCAUUCAUGCAUUUCUGAUACCAUUCACUAACACUGAUAAUUAGUGCACUGACAUCAAGGGAAGAAUGAAGGAGAUAUUGAGAUCCAUUCUUCUCUCACCAUCUCAUUCAUCAACUGAUCCAUUGUACAAGCAUUGUGCAGGGGUGGGGAUCCCCUGUUUGCUUGGCUAACUCUCAUGUUUUUCUUCUUCAUUAUAGCCAUUGCAUUGCCAUUACUGAUCCUGGUUAUUGCUUUGCUAUAUUUGAGGCAUAAUACCAUGACAGGUAUCUUCUCAGCAAGGAGGACCAAGUUUUUUUAUAUACAUUUAUAUGAAAAAAAAAAUUCAUAGGCAAUGUUGUUGACCAGAGAGGCAGGACGGCAAAGUUUAUCAAUUGCAUCCAGCCUGUUGACACUUUUUUAUCAACUCAUGGACUUUGGUUUCCAUUAAUUGUUACAAUGGUGCCUGGUUCUUCUUUGAGAGACCACAGGGAUGGCUCUACUCAUUCAUUGCAUUGAAGCUUUUUAAUAAUUUCCCUUUUUCUUUUUGUUACUUCAUUAUUAUUCAAGCUUGUACUUACUAACAUUUGUAAUGUAGAAUUUUAUUUUUAGUUAAUGACAUUCAUGCAUUAAAUCUC